CUUCAUGAUGAAUCUUUCCCCAAAAACAAAACCGCAGUAGAAGAGGAAGAUUACUUUUCAAAAAAAAAAAUCCGAAAUUGUUUAUUGUAUUUAGAAAAAUAAUUUUCAGAAGUGAUAGGGUGCUGGAAGAAAUCUGAAGAGGUACAUAAAAUAAUAACCAUCUUUCUGGGCCACAGUCCAGUCCAAUUUGGGCUUGGUGCUCUGGCAACAACCACACUAGGGUUAGUUUGUUCCUUACGCCCUGCCUAAACCCCUAAUCUCAGGUCCCAUUUCCUCACAGAGCAAAAUCAAAGAAAUGGCGUGGCGCGGUGGCUCUCUGUCGAGGUCGUUACUCUCCGUCGCAAGAACCACACCAAGUCGUUGCUCCGUGACUCGCCUCCAACGUUCGUCUUCCCCUUCACUUCGCUCCCACCUUCUUCACCCUCGCCGCCCUCUCUUUACACUCCCCAGAACAAUUGGAAUUCUCGGGUGCACCCAAUCGCUGAUGCCUCUGCACAGCACUGAUGCCGCCGCUCGUCUGACUUCUCACAUCUCCGUCGAAUCGCGCGCUUGCUGCGAAUUGUCCCAGGGCACUUGAACAGACUUUGGAAAAUGUAUCAGUUGUGAUUAUACGUUUGACUGAACGUGAAAUGGUGGCUAAUGCUGUGAGGGAGGAAGCUUGUUGGAGUUUUGGGUUGUUCGAUUGAGAAAUAUUAUCAUUUGUACGAAAGAUAAAUAAAGUAUACAGCGUAUCCUUCUAAUUGAAACUUUUCAGGUUAAACUGAUCGGCAUCGACAUUGUUUUGGAAUGAAGUUAUACUGAACAUAAGUUUUGUGUAGAUGUUAAUUGGUAUAUUGGCUUCUCAUUACUUGAUAAA